UGUUGUGAAUUUUUUUUUUAUUUUGGUACUUAAAGAGAAGAGUGAAAGGAUUUCUAGAGAAACGGCAAGAAUUGCAGGCAUCCAAGCCUGUGUCUACGACAUUGAUAGAUCCUUACGUGUCAUCUUGUAUUCAAACUUGGGAUAAAAAAAAAGCUUUCACGUAUUUUUGCUGUUGUCAAGUUGCUGGUCAUUCUUCUCCUUGGGAGAUAAAUUACAAGAGUUCACAUAUCAAAAACCAACAAGCACAAUACUCUACCAAUGACUCCAUCAACCAGUCAGAUGAAACACGCCAUUAUCACUGCUUGGGAAGAACCGCCAAAGUUCGUUGAUACAGCAGCUCCUCAACUAGAUCCGGUCGACGAUAAAGUGCUGAUCCGGGUAGAAGCAGCUGCGGCUCAUCAGCUCGUGCGGCUCCGGGCAUCUGGAAAGCAUUACUCGGUAAAGACGCUGCCUCACGUUCCUGGUGUUGACGGGGUCGGGACCACACCGGACGGCCAAAAUGUCUACUUCUUCACGUUUGCGCCGGCCCCGGGCUCCUUUGCAGAGUUCGUUCGCGUGCCAAAAGGCAAUGUGACGCCUUUGCCUGACGGGCUAGAUAAGAUUCAAGUUGCUGCAUUGGUUAAUCCGGUAAUGUCCUCGUGGAUGGCACUAAGAAGGCGCACGUUUUGCCGACCUCCCAAUUUCACAGUGUUGAUACUUGGAGCGACCUCUACGUCUGGCAGGUUGGCAAUAUCAGUCGCGCGUGCUCUAGGUGCAGGAAGAGUAAUUGGUUGCGCCAGAAACGAGGAAUCUCUCGCAAGACUGGGACUUGAUCAGGCGAUACGCUUGCGCGAGCCUGUCACCGAGACUGAUUUUUCAGACUUGCAAGAUGUUGAUGUUGUCCUUGACUACGUGUACGGUCAAGCCGCCGCGCACUUACUUUCCACGAUCAAGUGUACCCGUCGUGUACAAUUCAUACAGAUCGGUAGCCUCUCUGGUCCAACCAUCGAUCUUCCAGCACACACAAUCAGAUCGAAAAACAUUUCGCUUAUUGGGUCGGGAAUAGGAAGUUGGGCAGAUGAAGAACUAAGGGAGGAGCUUCCUGAUCUUUUGCAAGCCAUGACAAAGUUUGAAACUGUCACGUUGAACGUGGUUCCACUGAGCGAGAUCGAACGCCAUUGGAGUGAGGGCAAGGACAGAACAGUGUUCACAAUGUAGCACGAGGCAAAUUUUAACUUAGGAGAGUUGCAACCACGGUGUCGUUACCAUCGUGGCUGGCGAGCAUUCCUUUGUAGUCAUAACCGUAGGGACUUCUAAAUCGAGCGUCGACUCUGAAUAUUAUGUGUUUGGUGUAACUUCGUGUAUAUAGG